GGGACUGUGCCCCGGUUGCCUGGCAACAGAGGAGCCCCGGAGGAGGGGCUUGGAAUGUUUGUCUGUUUCCAGAGCAACCCCCAGCCUCAGCAGCUGCAGGUGGAAGGUGGCGAUGGCUGAGGACACGGAGCCUGAAUUUUACCUGAGGUGGAAGCAGUGCGAGACACCAGGUGUUAAGACCCUGUGCAAUCUGCGGACGCUUCUGGACCAAGUGCAGAAAAACCACAGAGAUGAUGUCUACACGUACACAUCCGGACACCUGAACCCCAACAAGCUUUACAGGCCCCCAGAGACCAUCCUGUAUCACUGGCCCAAUGCCAACAGGCCCCGGGAGGGAAAAGUCUUUGGAGCAGAAAGGCUAUCUGAUAAGGUCAAGAAGAUGAAAGAUGCUUUGGCUCAUUUUACCAUCAACACAGCGGUGGGCCCCAGUGAUGCUGAGAACACACCGCUCUUCAGGUAUCUGAACCCUCCCGCACAGGCCUCCCACACUUCGCAGGAGGACGUGAGUCCUAAGGCAGGGUUGAGAGAGGCGGGUUCUCCUGCACGGCCAAAGCGAGAGGAGCUGAGAUUGCCGGACAUGAAGGUUCUGAAGUACAAGGAGGUGAGGUCCAGCCGUGAGUGUGUGAUGUCCCCUCCGGGAAGGGACGAGUUCCAGUAUGUCAGCUCGCACUUGGCUGCCAUAACGAAAGCAGACAGCUACAGGAAGUUCUUGAGCUUCCAGAAACAAGUGCUGGCCAAGCAAGACCUCUUGAUGAGGGACUUCACUGGGAGCCAGGCAGCGAGGUGCCAUGAGAAGAAGCUGGAGCAGGAGCUCCAGAAAAUAUGUGUCUGUGACCCUGAAGAGUUCAACAGACUCCAGGUCUUUGGAGAAGUCUUUGAAGAUAUUUGCAAAAGUUCUUUGGUAUUUGGUGAUAUCUUGAAAGAAAUUAAGGAAGAAUAUGAACUCUACAUGCUAUUACUUCUGAAGCACCAUCCCACAGAACAGUACAAGUCUUUGCUGACUCAGGUCCAGAGUCUGCAGAAGGGGAAGGUGAAGACGGCGGAUGUCGAGCGGGCCAGGGAGGAGCUGAGAGCGCUCAUGACUGCCAUCAGAGCGGCCCUGGACCACAAUGACAGGCUCAGAAAUGAACUGGAGCAGGAGCGUGUACUGCUGGAGGCCGCAAGGAGCCGGGCAGAAUCACCUGAGAAAAAGGUCGUGAAGGAGGAGAACCUUACUCUUAUUGAGAAGGUUGAAAAAAAGAGGUGUGAAGUACUUCAUAAAUGGGAUGAGAUUCAAGCUCUUGAAAGACUAAUUAAAACAAGCUUUGUUCAUACUGGAAUUUUGCAAAUCACUGAAAGUAAGAUCAAAAGCUUAGAGACUGAAACUAUGAAGUUGGAAACAGCAAAUAAAAUUUUAAGGAAGAAAAUUCAGUUUAUUGUGAACUACGUGAAGCAGAUCAUGGGGAAGAACAAGCUGAGGGAGGAGCAGCAGCAGAACCUUUGGGGAUUUAUUAAAGAAUUUGCAAAAUUGAAAGAGACUGAUAUCUCUUAAGUGACUGGAAGAAUGGCCUAUGAAAAUUCACAACCACCAUGUACGUGCAAUGUGGGUGUUUUUGCAGGUAUACAUUAAAGAAGAUACAUUUCACUUUGUCGUUUUAAUCUCCAAUAAGGUCAAUGUGGUCUUUGUAUUCUUCUCAAGAUAUUGAAUUAAAUACAUGUAUUCAUGUGAUUCAUUUUACUUUGUAAAUACAUGUUCACAACAAUAGUAGUUCCUAGAGUACUUUCUGCUUUCAGUCAAUAACUUUCUUCAGGAAAAAAAAGUACUCUCAAUUAUUUGAUAGGAAUAGGAAAUUCAGUACUGCUACAACAUAGAUUAAACUUAUUUCUUACUUGCCAAUGCAAGUUUAAGUAUAAACAUUUAACAAAAUGCAGUAGUUGUAUAAUAAAUCUCCAUUUAAUUAAAUCAUCUUUACCGAUUGUGAAUGAUACAGUGUUUCACAGUGUUACAAAACUGGCCUGGUUCUUUACACUGCACCUGUUACCUGAUUUUGACCUUCAUGACAACUGUGUGAGUUGGAAUUUGUUUUUAUCCUUGCCUUGCCUGUAAUAUGGUCUGAGCACUUAGAGUCAAUGCAAGUCUGGUUUCUUUGUUCUUUGGCUGUUGUGAAGGCCAAAGAUAAGUGCUGAGUAUAAACAUGAGGGUUUCAAACUUAACUUAGACGUACUGGGUGACAUAGAUUUGUUUGCAUAAACCUUUAAUCUCCAAGUCCCACAUGUUAGACUAGAGGAAACACAGAGGUUGCCUCAAGUUCAAGGUCUCCAGGGGCCGGGUGACGCCAGGAGGGUCCAUCAGAGGUGCUUUGGGAAUGCUGGGCUUUGAAAGAGAAAGAGGCUCAGAGAGAAGGUGGAGUCCCAACACAGAGGGUAUACACUUGGCAUAAGUUUGAGGUGAGGGAGGAGCAGGUCAAUCAAUUGUUUUCUGAAAGUGGCCACUGGGGUCCAGGAGCGGAUGGCGGGGUAGCGCCAGGGUGAGCCAGGGUGCUGGUGUUCGUGAAUAGAGACAGUGGUCGCACUCUGCUUUUAACACACGUAAACCACAGUCCCCAGGCCCCUCACACCUACAGGUCACCCAGCAGUUAAGCUUCAAGUUCCUGUGCGUUGCUAUAGAAAGAGCAUCUCAGCCCGUCAUAUGCCCUACGUGUUCCCAGGAGCAGAAGGCGUCUCACACGUGUCCCUGAGUGGGUUCCCUCCUGGCGGGCACUCUGCCAGGCACGUGUCUCCCGAGCUCUCCUGUCCUCUGCAGCCCACCUGCCACAGUCCUCAGGAACGUGUGCUUGCGUGGCCGGGGGCAGCUGGGAGGCGCAUCUCCACACUUCAUGCUCCGUGCAGCAGAGGCGUGCACGCUGGGUGGCUUCCGUGGAUCACCAUGCGAAGGGGUAAAGCCUUGUAGGCAGAACAAAUUCACUAUUUAUACUGUCAUGAAAGGCAAUAUUCUAGACCACUGUCUGCACAUGGGUCUACCUUGCAUGUUGGAAGUGACCAGAAUCCUGGUUUUGUCUGUGUAGUUUUGAACCUUUAUCUUGACUAUAAAUAUUUAUACUGUACAUGCUAUCAUCCCAAGAAAAUCUAUCUCCCCAAGAUACUCAUGAUGCUGACUCAAGGGAUGGCCUUCUGGAGCUCUCUCUGUGUAUCUUGUGUUUGAUGCAUAUGUCCAUCCAUAGAGCAAGCUUGUGCACGGGCCUCCCUGGUGGCUCUGUGGUAAAGAAUCCACCUGCCAAAGCAAGAGACCCAGGUUGGAUCCCUGGGUCAGGAAGAUCCCUUGGAGAAGAGAAUGGCU